AUGGCGAUGCGCUCGGCGCUCAUCGGAAUCCUAGCGGCAUUAUUUCUUUUCCCGCAGGCAUCGAUCGGCGCCAGCGCCAGCAGCAGGCAUUCGCAAGACGGCAGGAAUUCGUCAUCGAAAUGCUUCCCGCUGCUCUUCUCUUUCGGCGAUUCUCUCACGGAUACAGGCAAUGCGCAGCGGAUCUUCCCAUUCGAGCAGAACAGAGCCAGCCAUUCCCCAUACGGGAGGACGUUCUUCGGCCGGCCGCGCGAUCGCUUCUCCGACGGGAGGCUGAUGAUUGAUUUCAUAGCGGAGGCGCUGGGAUUGCCAUUCUUGUCCCCGUAUGUGCAAGCGGUCGGAUCCAGCUUCCAGCACGGGGUAAAUUUCGCGACCUCUGGAGCUACGGCCACCGACAUCACAUUCCUCGUCCCUCACACGCUGGGCGUCCAGGGCUACUGGCUCAAGAAAUUCAAGGUCGAGGUCCAGGACGCGCGCAGCAAUCCGGUAAACACCGCCCUCUUGCCGGAUCUCAACUCCUUCAGCAAGGCGCUCUACGUGGUCUUCAUUGGGGGCAACGAUUACAACGCUCGCCUCUUCGUCUACAACAUGACGAUCGAUCAGCUCUUCGAUGCGGUGCCGGUCGUGGUGGAUGAAAUCGGUAAAAGAAUCGAGGAUCUCUAUGCGGAAUCGGCCAGGAAUUUUCUCAUCGUCAACGUACCUCCAGUCGGUUGCACGCCGGAGCUGCUAACCUUCUUCAAUCACGUCGACACAAAUCCGGAGGACUACGACUCCGCCGGCUGCUUUACCCCAUACAACGCGGUCCUGGAAGCGCACAACGAUGUGCUCAUGGACGCAGUGAAUCGGCUGCGAAACGUCCAUCCAGACGGGCUCUUCGUCUACGCAGACUACUACCGGAUCACCGGAGACAUCCUACGCGAUCCACAAAACUACGGGAUGGAGGACGUGAUCCACGCUUGCUGCGGCACCGGGGGCCGCUACAACUUCAACGUCUCGUCGCAGUGUGGAUCCAACAGCGUCGUCAAUGGCCUGCCUUUCACGCCGCCGUCCUGCCCCAACCCCGCCGCGGCUGCCAACUGGGACGGCGUCCAUCCCACCGAGGCGUUCACCAAGAUCAUCGCAUCGUCCUUCCUCCAGGGCCGCUACAUCGAGCCCUACGACGCAUUCGAUCACUGCCAUUUCGACUUUAGCAACUUCUAAGCUUUCCCGGGUACGUUGUUUCGCUCCCUAGAUAGAUCAAAAGGGAUAGAACGUUUUGCUACG